UGGGGCGGCGGGAGAGCCCGCGCCUUUGCGGCUGCCGGGCCACAGGGCGCUCCCGGGAGCCUCGCCGGGCGCUGCUAGGCGGCCGCCCCAGCUCUCCGCCUCCCGGGCGCGGGAGCUGUGGCGUGGCGGGAGGGAGCGCGGCCGGGCAGGGCAGGGCAGGGCAGCCGCCUCCUGAGGGUGUGCGCCGGGCGCGGUGCCUGCCUCUGCUGCGGGGGCCUGGCGGCCUCGGGGCGGCGCCCGCGGCUGCGGGAGCGGCUGGUGGCGCUUGGUCGCGGCCCGGAGCCCUCACGGAGCCCCUCACAGGAGCGCCCUGACGCGCACCCGCGGGGCUGCCACGGCUGGGCUGGGCCGGGGCGUCCCGGAACGAUGGGGGCGCGGGGAGGGUGGUCGGGCUGGAUUUGGGUAGGCUUCAGUAGAGACCAUUCAUCGCCGGCCCCAAGAGUGCCAUUUCUUUCUCUAUCGUUCCGUCGUAUCUUUGUAUCUGGUAGCGUCCUACUCUGUAUUUCCUGCCUCAACCUUCCCCUCUUAGUUUUUUGAGUGGUUUUGUUCUGUUUUUUGUUUUUGUUUUUUUUUUUAGCCAGUCUCGAAACUUAUGAGGAAGUGCAUAUAAGAGUAGUAACUGCAGUUUUUUCCUAACACAAGAAAUUAAGCAAUCCAAGCAACUAAAAGGUUUGAAUCUGACCUCAUUGAGGUAUUAACUCUAGAUCAAGCUUGGAUGAGCUGUUAAAACAUAGGAAAAAAGCCAUGGAAAUUUAAGAUUAGACAAAAGGGGUUUUGCCAAAGCUAGGGGUGAAAACCUUGUGCUGGGGUGUGCUUGGUGGUUCUGCUUAGACUCCUCUGUGUGAGGGAGUGAAAUGACUCUGCAGACAGAUUUAACAUGCACUUUGGCUGCCAAACUCUAUCACAGCUCUUCUGAAGCGUGUCUGAAAAACCUAAGUGAGCUGUGUAUGUAAUAGAAUAUACCUGAAUUUCAAAGCCAAGAUGGCUCAGAAGAGGAGCUCAAGUGGGCGGUCAUUCCCAUUGCUGCUGCUGCUGAUUGCAGUGGCCUUUGUUCAUUUAACUGUCUGUCCUUUCACAAAAGUGGAGGAAAGCUUUAACCUACAAGCUAUCCAUGAUGUGGUGUACCACCAGCUGGACUUGGAUAAGUAUGACCAUCAUGAAUUUCCUGGAGUUGUCCCAAGAACGUUCCUUGGACCAAUUUUUAUUGCUGCCCUUUCCAGCCCGGCUAUCUACAUACUUUCUGUGCUAAGAAUGUCCAAGUUUUAUUCCCAGCUGAUAGUCCGAGGAAGUUUGGGGCUCAGUGUGAUUUACACCUUAUGGAAGCUGCAGAAAGAAGUUAGAAAACAGUUUGGAGCAACUACAGCAUCAAUCUUCUGUCUCAUCACUGUUACUCAGUUUCAUUUGAUGUUUUACUGUACAAGAACUCUUCCUAACGUGUUUGCACUUCCAUUCGUGCUCCUGGCAUUGACAUUUUGGAUACAGCAAAAGCAAAGGCCAUUCAUUUGGUUCUCAGCUUUGGCAAUUAUAGUCUUCAGAUCAGAGCUCUGCAUAUUCUUAGGCCUCAUGCUCCUGGUGACGUUAUUAACGAAAAGAAUCUCCAUUUUCAAGGUGCUUUCCCAUGCUGUUCCUGCUGGAAUGUUUUGGUUGGGGCUAACAGUUGCUGUGGAUUCUCUAUUUUGGAGGCAGCUUGUGUGGCCUGAGGGGAAAGUGCUCUGGUAUAACACAGUUUUAAACAAAAGUUCCAACUGGGGAACCUCUCCCUUCUUGUGGUAUUUCUAUUCAGCCCUGCCUCGUGCUUUGGGAUGCAGCAUAGUAUUUGUACCUUUAGGGGUAACAGAGAAGAGAACUCGGAUUUUACUUUUGCCAGCACUGGGCUUUAUUUUCUUGUAUUCGUUUCUCCCACACAAAGAGCUGCGUUUCAUCAUCUAUACUUUCCCUGUUUUCAACAUAGUGGCUGCUAAAAUGUGCUCGCGAAUUCUGAAUAACUCCCGGAGAUCCUGGCUGUACAAACUCGGAUCAUUCUUUAUUAUAAUGCAUCUUCUACUUAAUGCUGUUUAUUCAGGAAUAUCUUUAUAUGUUUCACAUUUCAAUUAUCCUGGAGGAGUGGCAAUUCAGAAGUUGCAUGAGUUGGUACCUUCAACAGCAGAUGUCUCUGUUCACAUUGAUGUGGCUGCAGCACAAACAGGAGUCUCUCGGUUUCUGGAAAUCAAUUCUGAUUGGAGGUAUGACAAAAGAGAAGAUGUUAAACCAGGAGACCAGUUGAUGUUUUCUUACACACACAUACUGAUGGAAACAAAUCCUCUUCAAAUAUCACAUUACAAGACAACCCACAGGCCACUGGCAAAUAUACCUGGCAUCAGUAAAAUUGGGUUGAACCUUACUGCACUACCUCCUUUUACUUUAAACUUGAAACCAAAAUUAGUACUGUUGGAAAAACUUCCUCUAUCAUCUUGACUGUGAAUUUUAAGUGAGUCUUUUGAUGUGAUUUUGCUGAUGAUUGAACUAUAUAAGACAGCAGAAAAUUGUCAUUGCAGCACUGCAGCUCAGCUCCUGUGGAAAGGCACAGAAAAUCUCUGUACCAGUUGGGCUUUAGCUCCGUCCUGUUUCUUCUGUAAAUAAUCCAGUGCAUUCCUGGUCAGUCUGUGCUCAGGAUACUGAGUUGUAUUGGUUGAUAUGUUUGAGAGAGGUUGCCUACAAGUUACUGGUAUUAAGUAAAACCUGUGUACUUGGUUUAGUAGUCUGUUUCAUCAUGUAGCACAGGUAUGUCCUAAUUGUCCUGUAUAAGAUACAAAACCAACAGGUUUGUGCUGGGGCAAUAAUUUGAUAUGUAAUCUGUGUGUGCAAAGAUGUAUUUGUGUAUCUGCAGGAUUGUAACCCCCUUAGCUGUCACAUUGCCAGUGUGAAACCUAAGGAUGUUAUGAACAUAGGAAAACCAUAUUCAUUAUUGCUUCGUCAUAGUACCUAAUUGUGCCCUGUAGGCUCCCAGACUAACCAAGCAUUCACUUAAAAAGCAGUUGGACCUCUUGACAAGCACUGUUUCAUAACAGAUCUGAGUAUUAAGAAUGAUUAUCUUCAUUCCAACAGUUCAUGAAAAAGCAGUGACUUGGAUUUCCCAGGAAAAAGAAUCUUUAAAAUAAUUUCUCCCCUCUUCUGCUGUAAUGGUAUCUUAAUUUGCAGUGUAAAAAUUACCUAUGAAAAUGCCCACUUCAAGAUAUAUGCUGUUUUCCUUUUUUUUAUUAAAUAAUCCCUUUGGAAAGGAGUAUUCUAAUGUGCCAUGUGCUGCAUUCUAUAAACUAGAGUAAGAUUGCAUGCUCUGUAGUUUCUUUAUGUGAUGUUUUUGUUAAGGAUGUCUGCAUAGAUUGCUGAAUGGAACAAGAUGAAAACGUUAGAAUUCUGGUUAGGGCCAGUUGUAAUAUGACAGAACCUCCAUUAGUGAAAAAUGUCAGAAUCACUGAAAUUAUCAUGGGCAGAAAACUAUUCCUUGCUGACUGAAAACUUGAGUAAAAUAUAAUUAUUGAAUAAAGUAGUUUGGUUUUUAAUUUUA